AUGUCGAGUCCACCCAUCAUCACGUCGUCCUCUCGAUCGACGCUCGACAGCUCGUCGCAGCACGGCCCAGCAGCCUCAGCCUCAGCUCCGGCAGCGGCAGCGGCAGCCCAGCCGCCCCCCGCGCCGGCAGUGAUAUCGCGCGACGAGCUCGGCAGCGAGGACGGCGCCUCGAGCGACGAUCCGCUCGACGUGCUGCCCCCUUCGUCGUCCAGUCCGAUCGCACUUCACAAGCCAUCCGCUUGUGCAUCUCGUCGCAGCAACAGCCACGACGCCUCUCCUUCGCUUGCACUCGACAGCGGUCGUGGGAGGAGUAGGACCCGGAGCAGGAGCAGGAGCAGGAGCAGGAGCAGGAGGAGCAGCAUGUCGUCGUUGAGUUCGCUCGACUCGGAGCCAGACGAGAUGGAGACGCGUCGAAUCGAUCACGACCGCGCCCUCGAACGCGCCCAUCCUGGCUCGGCCAAGACCAACGGAGCACGCCGCAACAUCUUUGCGAAUGGGCAUGGAUCGUCGUCCAAGAAACGCGCAUCAUCGCCGUCCCACUUUGGCUUCGUCUCGCCGAAGCGCCGCACGACCGAGGCCAUCACGAUCGACGAUUCCCAAGACGAGAUUGACGAGCUCGAAGACGACGACGAUGACGACAACACGGGGCGACAGGCCGACGACGAAGAGAUUGACGAACUGCACCAAAUCCAAGACACGACCUCGAUCAGCAACGGCAAGUCCAAGACCAAGGGUAAGCUCGUGGCGGUAGCAUCCUCUUCAAAAUCCAAGGCCAAGGCGACAACGACCGCGGCCAAGGGCGAGCAAAAGGCUUCCGACGAUGGAGGCACGCGGGUCUACUGUCACCAGGUGCGUGUUAUUCUAAUCUCGAUCUGAUUUCAAUCACGAUGAGCUCAUCAAGACCCUAACCAUUUCGUGCAGGAUCACCAAGCCCACGAUCCGCUCAAGCAUACCAUGUGGAGAUGCUCGGCGAUAAAGACCUCCGCCAAAGGGUUCCAGCGGGCGUGCGGUCUCUCCUACUGCGAAAAGUGCCUCAAGAGUCGCUACGAACCCGAAGCGAGCGGGAUGAACGCCCCGGGAGCUCGAAAGAACUGGUCGUGCCCUCUUUGCCGAGGCAUCUGUGAGUUUGCGAGUGCCAGGCGCCGCUCCGAGUUGGUGUGUGCAAAGCUAAUCGUGCCGGAUUCUCGCUCUGCUAGGCAAUUGCUCGGUGUGCCGCAAGUGAGUGUUGUCGAACCCGCAUUGAGAGACCCCAGGUGGCGCGUAUUGACGCAGUGUGGCUUUGCCGCUUCUCAGGAAGCAAAACUUGGCUCCGGUGGGCUACCUCAAGUCCAAGAAGGAGAAAGCCGUCGCAGUGGAAACCGAGAAGGCUGAAAGGCCCAAGAAGGUCGGUCUGAGCAGCGGCAUGCAUGUACUAGUGUCCUGGACUGCCGAUACUGAUCUUGUACGUCGCAACAGGAGAAGAGCGUCAAGGGGAAGGCGAAGUCUCGCAUGGAGAAAAAUGAGGCUGGGCAGCAACCGAGGUCCAAGAAGCUCGGCGCCUCCACAAAUGGCAAGCCCACCAAAGGCACCGCAAAGGCGGCCAAGACGAAGGAGCCCAAGGCCUCACAGUCCCGCAAAGGUGUUCGGGGCCCAUUCUCGAUGAAUGUCGACACCGAUUCUUCCUUGUCGUCGCUCUCAUCAGACGAAGACGACAAGCCCUCGGCCACGACGGCGGGCGCUGCCGUGGUCGUACCCGUCAAGCGGCGCAACCCUCCCCCGCGCGCGCCCAAAUUCGUGCGGCCGCCCAAAACCUAUCCUCUCACGCGAUCGACGAUCGUCCCUUCGAACGGCUUGCUCAUGGCUCGUCUCCACCUGAGGUCGUUCAUUCUUCGGUUCAGCGGUUUUGCCCCGGUGCUUACGACCGAGUCGGCCAAGAUUCGAUCGGUACUGGGGGCGUUAGCCGAUGAUCGCGAUGGGUGGGUAUGGUCGCGGGAAGGCGAUGUCGUACAACGAUUUAUGCUGCAGGCGCUGUGCGAACUGCUCGACCAGGAGGAGGAAAACAUCGCGACCGAGGAAGGCAGCGCAAAGCUACUGCGCCGUCUGGCGCGCGAGGCCGUCGGCAGCCAGAUCGAAAAAGAUCGAGCUUGGGACACGUUGCGGGAGAUCGUCGAGCAGGAGAACGUAUGGGAUGAUGGAGGAUGGGGCGAAGAGGUGGUCAACUGGGAGGCCGAGCGCGAAGAAGCUGAGCGGGUGCAGUUCGGUGGCCAGAGGGAGACCCGAGGCAGGCGAGGGGAGACGGGUCCGGACGAACGCUUGGCGCUGAUGCUCGCUCUUGUGGAGCUUGCCUAUGCUGCUGAAUGCGUGCGAAAGGACUUCACUGACGUGAGUGUCAGAAUACUAGGCUUGUUCGAUCAUCGUUUCCGCUGACACUUUUCAAUUUCUCGGUCGCGCGAGUAGGGCGUCGAAGCGGAGAAAACAGCGAUGGUGACCCAUAACCGAUCCAAAUUCCAGCACCGCCACGAUUGCGAAGACCGUCGCAAAUCAAUCCUCGCCGAAAAGCCCGAGAAGCCCAAACCGCACAUCGACGACAUGCUGACGGACAAGGAUCAAGCUAAGCCCAAUCACGAUCGUGAGCUCGCGGAAUGGGCAGCCAAGUGCGCCGACAUCGACGAUCGACUCAAGGAGGAGGAGAAGGAGUGGCAGAAGGAACUGAACGAGAUCCAUCGCGACGUCUACCUAGUCACAGCCGAGAACCGACUGAGGUUCGCGCCGACGGGAACCGACGUGCACGACAACCAGUACUGGCUGUUGUGCCCUUCGACGGCGUCCAAAUUCCCCACCGAGGCGGACCCUGCUACGGACGACUACCCGCUGUCAUGGUCGAUCCUUGUCCAUGGCUCGCCGUUCUCCGAGAUUGAUCCCGUCGCAGCUGCUGCAAACGGUAACAAGGGCAAAACGAUCGCCGCUCCACCUCCUUCCCCUCCCCCGACUCCCGGCACGGUCGCGUCGAUCAACGCCUCCCGCGUCGACAACAAGGAUUCGUGGUUCGUCGUCACCGACCCGGAAGAAAUGAUCCAGCUCGUCAGCCACCUCGAAUGGCAACACAAAUGGGCCGAAUACGAGGUUCGACUUGCUCGACACGAAAAGUCGGACGCGGGGACUCGCAGCCUCACGCCCUUGGGUGGCGAAGACGACGAGUCGACGGUCAAGAGCAUCUCGGACCUCGUCGCCGAGUUGAGGAUCUUUGCUGAUUACGUCGCUGCGGAGAAGGAGGACGCGGUGAACGGGAACCGCAAGGCUAGAAAGAACAAGAAGAGAAGGUUUUGA